UCAAGCUAUGAGUGCACUUUUUGUGCAUGAUGUCACUAAGAUGAUGUAUCAAAUCAACACAAAUCAAAGUUCACUUUUUGUACAGAACGCUACUACGAUAGUUUAAAACAAAUAAAGUGCACUUUUGUGCAUGAUGUCACACAAGAUAUUUCAGUAACUGUCCAAUAAAAAUGAGCAACACUAAAUGGAGAUGUUGACAUGCGUAGAAAGUACUCUUCAUUCUCUAGCAGGUGACUUUUCAAAUGAUGCUACAUAUUAGCAGAAAUGCUACAUUUUGUAGCAACGCUUUUGCCCCACACUUGACAAAUCACGAUUGUCUGUUCACCAUCUUCCCGCUUGAAGGACAAAGGACCCCCUGCUGUUUUUCUUGGCAAUUAUUCCUUCCUUCAUUUGUCACCUUCUUUCUCUCGUACUACCACUCGCACGGCUCCGCUAGCAUCACAGCUAACGCUACCCGUGCCGCUACCUCUCUGCUCCGCGAGGGCGUAUACGUAUGUAAGAAGGUGCGCUUGCUGUCUAAAAGCAACUGGGUGAGAACGUAUACUUGAAUAUCACGAUAUAGUCAUUUUCUGUAUCGCACAGAGACAAACCCGCGAUACAUCGAGUGUAUCGAUAUAUCGCCCAGCCCUAAUUCAUAUUAAUGUAAAGUUAAUGUUCCCUCGCCAUAAUUAUUUAAUUUAAUUAAUCUCAAAGAAAACAAGGAGAAGAAGAAGAUGUAGCACUUGUCUUGAUGUGCGGACAAAUGUAUUAUCAAGUAGCCAUAUUGUGAGUUUUAAAAACUGAAAUAAAUAUGUCAUGUGUCCAUUUGCUUCAUAGCAUAAAAUAAUACAAAAAAUAUUCUAAUUAUUCCUGCAUUAGACUAUAUUGCCAAAAGUAUUUGGCCACCUCCCUUGACUCACAUAUGAACCAUCCCUAUAGGGUUCAAUAUGACUGGAAAGGCUGUCCACAAGGUUGCGGAGUGUGUUUAUAGGAAUUUUCCAACAUUCUUCCAAAAGCGCAUUGGUGAGGUCACACACUGAUGUUGGUCGAGAAGGUGUUCUAUCGGGUUCAGGUCAGGACUCUGUGCAGGCCAGUCAAGUUGAUCCACACCAGACUCUGUCAGCCAUGUCUUUAUGAACCUUGCUUUGUGCACUGGUGCACAGUCAUGUUGGAAGAGGAAGGGACCCACUUCAAACUGUUCUAACAAGGUUGGGAGCAUGAAAUUGUCCAAAAUGAUUUGUUAUAAUGGAGCAUUCUAAGUACCUUUCAAUGGAACUAAGAGGCCAAGCCCAACUACUGAAAAACAACCCCAUACCAUAAUUCCUCCUCCACCAAAUUUCACACUUGGCACAAUGCAGUCCGAAAUGUAGCGUUCUCCUGGCAACCUCCAAACCCAGACUAGUCCAUCAGAUUGUCAGAUAGAAAAGCGCGAUUCAUCAUUCCAGAGAAGGCAUCUCCACUGCUCUAGAGUCCAGUGGCGACGUGCUUUACACCACGACAUCCAACGCUUUGCAUUGGACUUGGUGAUGUAUGGCUUAGAUACAGCUGCCCGGCCAUGGAAACCCAUUCCAUGAAGCUCUCUGCGUACUGUACGUGGGCCGAUUGGAAGAUCACAUGAAGUUUGGAGCUCUGUAGCAACUGAGUGUGCAGAAAGUCUUUGCACUAUGCGCUUCAGCAUCCGCUGACCCCUCUCUGUCAGUUUACGUGGCCUACCACUUGGUGGCUGAGUUGCUGUUGUUCCCAAACUCUUCUAUUUUUUUAUGAUAAAGCCAACAGUUGAAUUUGGAAUAUUUAGGAGCGAGGACAUUUCAUGACUGGAUUUGUUGCACAGGUGGCAUCCUACGACAGUUAGAAAUCACUGAGCUCCUGAGAGCGACCCAUUCUUUCACAAAUGUUUGUAGAAACAGUCUCCAUGCCUAAGUGCUUGAUUUUAUACACCUGUGGCCGGGCCAAGUGAUUAGGACACCUGAUCCUGAUCAUUUGGAUGGGUGGUCAAAUACUUUUGGCAAUAUAGUGUAUUACUAGUGCUGGGGGUUAAGCCACCCCAUCUUUAAAAACUAAUGACUGCUGUUUCGAAUUAAAAUCGAAGGUCCCUGAACACACCACGGUUAUCUGCUAUGGGAUGCAAAAAACAAACUUCGACAUGACUUUGUCUGAUAUUUUAAUAUAUUUUUCUUUCUUCCAUCACCUCAUUCUGGUUCCCAAAUGGAUGAAAGUAAGCCUUGAUGAUGUCACAAUGUCUGUGUAGUGUGAACAUAAUGAACUGUGGUACACAUUCCCACUUUGAUUCAAACAACCUAACUAUGGAACAUUGACAGCAACAAGUAUUGUAUUUUUGUAUUUUUUUUAAAUAAAUGACAUACCUUCAUCACAUUGAAGGACCACAAACCCAACUUCGCAAAUAACCCAACAAGCCUGACUAAUAAACCCAACUAAGGAGCGUUUGAAGCCAGAUGGAAUAAUCACAAGGCCUCCUUUAGAAACCAGACCUUGCGGAAUUCUACAGAACUCAGCAAGCACAUUUGGAACCUAAAAGACAAUAAUGUUGAAUAUAUUUAAUAACAUGGCAAAUUCUUGAAUCCAGCACACCUUACAACAGUGGUAAUAAAAGAUGCAACCUAUGCUUAAAAGAGAAACUGUUUAUUAUAUAUCAUCCAGACCUGUCAUCCCUCAACAAGGGCAGUGAAAUCAUAUCAACAUGCCAUCACAGACGGAAACACCUCCCAGGUAACAAAUGUCCCAUCUUAUAAAAAGUCACCCCCUUAGUGGUUGUAGCCCUAAACAACUGACUUACUUAUUGGUCAUUUUCUGGGUUAUUUUGUUUUACUUUUGUAGCUGUAUGUUGAAUUGGUGCAGCUGAAUUGGCAGCUGGUUGCAUGUCACUUACAGAUACCAAGUUUUCAAGGCAGAAAUCAUAUUUGAAAUUAUCCAGUAACAAACGUGUCCGCAUUAAGAACAUUUAUUUUAUCCUAGUUUUUGCCUGUUUAUCGUGUUUGGUUUACUUUCUCAAAUAAAGCCCAAGUGUCAAAGCAGUUUUAAACUGGAGAUACGGAACACUUUUAUUUCCUCUCGGACAUGUAAGCCUAUUUUUGUCACCUUUUCAUACAAACUUUGGACUUUAUCUGGAAUAUAAACAUAACUGUUGAACUGAAUUGUAUUCGUCAACUCGUAUCUGAUUAUUUAUCAGGACACAUUCCCACUUUGAUUCAAACAAAAUAAUUAUGGGAUGUUGACAACAAAAUGUAUUUGAUUUUUAAAAAAUCAAAUGACAGUUUUGGAUUAAAAAGAAGAAAAAAACAAAUGUCAUAUAUUAUAAAAAAAAGUCAGGCCUAAGCAACGGACUUAUUUACUGGUCAUUUUGGGGGGUGUUCUUUUUACUUUUGUAGCUGUAUGUUGAACAGGCGCUAUCAGCUCUGUCACUUUUUUAAUGUCUUUUAUGUACUUUGAUGUUUUCCUCUUGUUUUUUUUGUGUUAUCAGCUCUGUCACUUUUUUAAUGUCUUUUAGGUACUUUGAUGUUUUCCUCUUGUUUUUUUUGUGUGUUUUUACUUUUUUUUGUGGACUUUUUGUAUCUGCCGUGCAACCACAUCAUUGUACACAUUUUGGGGACAAAUAAAGUGGGAUAGGCUCCAGCACCCCGGUAGGAAAUGGAUGGAUGGAUGGAUAAAGUAUGUUGUAUCCGAGCGAAUUACAGAAAAUAGCCACUAGAGGGCCCACUUUAAAAAACAAUGAUGAGGAUAGCAUGACGUUGAAGGGGUAUUUGGAAGUUUGGACUUUUUCUUUGACUUUCAUGUCACAUGCAGCACAUUUGACAUGCUGCUCACCGAAAAGUAAUUCUUCUUGACACGUGGUUUCAUGUCUUCCUUGAGCGCUAUUCUCUACACCUGCUUUGUUUUCGCAAUCCAGACUUUUUAAAUUGUGCUCCAUGCGCUCAGACAGUGCGCCAUGCAGAACCACACCUGCUGAAUAUUGAUUGACGAGGUUUGACAUGCUUGGACUGCGUCUGACCUUACUGCUCUGGAUCGGAGGAACAUCCAGCACGCAAGGUGAGGUCAUAUCCCCCCCCACUAUACAUGCAGAGGCGGGCACACCUGUCCUGUUGGGCUGCAAUGUGACAACGACCACGGGGGACAGCAUCCAGCAGGUGCGCUGGCUUGACAAAGACAGGAAGCUCCUGCUGGCGUACGAAGAGAGGACGGCGGUCCGCAUCAGCCACCAGCUGCCCAACGUGCGGCUGACGGCCUCACACGGGGACUCCAGCUACAUCACCAUCGCCAGGGUGUUGCCUGAGGACGAGGGCUGCUUCCGCUGCAUCUUCGAUGUCUUUCCCCGGGGCUCGCAGGAAGGCAGCGCGUGCAUCAGGGUGACGGCCAGGGUGCAUCUCGACGGCAAUAAAACGGCCGUGAGUGGCAAGCCGGCCGUCCUCUCCUGCUGGUACGACCUCCCUGAACGUGUGCAGCAGGUUCUGUGGAAGAAGACAUCCCAGCAGGGCCACGCCGUCACCCUGGCCUCCUACGCCAAACAAGGUCACUCCAGCAUCGAGGAGGCACUGCGAACUCGCCUCAGCCUGAGUGGAAGUCUGGGAGCCCCCCAGCUGAAUUUCCAACCGGUCUCGAUUGAAGACGAAGCCUGCUACACCUGCGAGUUCAACACGUACCCUGACGGGACCAGGAGUAACACAGCUUGCCUCUAUGUUUAUGUCUUACCGGAGGCGAUGGUGACCCACGCAACCUCGUCUUCAGGGGACACCGAGGCCAAUUGCACGGUGCGGUCACGCCCCGCAUCAAACAUCACGUGGAGGAUCGGCGAGGACAACCAAACCCUCGAAUCGCCGCUCGUUUCCCUCUCCCACGAGACGGACGGCACCACGACGCUGACGAGCACACUGCACCUCCAGUCGGGGGUCUUCACCAAGCGCUCGGUCCAGUGCAUAGUGCACCACCAAGGACUGGAUUUGCCUCUCGCAGUGUCCCUCAACAAUCUUGUUAACCCCGUCAAAGUCACCCUCAUCUGGCUGGGCGGUGUGGUGGCAGUCCUGAUCCUCCUCUUCUUGUGCGUGUAUCUCCGCGUUUCCUCUCACAAAUGAGCUGGUGCCAUCACAUCUUUGGCAAUGAAGCCUGGCAGAUUCGGACCUGGAAAAAAAUAUCGACUGUGAAGAACUAAAAAUAUGUUUUUUUUUUACAUUGUCCAGCUAUUUUGACAACACAAGUGAGCUUUCCCUGUAAGCCUUAAUAUAUACCAGUAUCAUCCUGCUAUCAAUCAGCAAUGAAGUCUUUAAACCUCCAGCCUUUGGGUUUCUCAAAGUGCAUCGAAUGUAUUUGCUGACGUCAUGCGAAAAGGGGGAGGACAAAAAAAACAUUUCAACUGUCUGUUAUUUGCUAUUUAUAGCGGCCAAGGCCGGGAAGGGGAGCUGACCUAUGACUGAAGAUAUUGUUUGUGAAGUUAAUGGUUUUGUGUACAUGUGACAAGGGAAAACUGACAGUUUUAAAGUCAUACUUGUAGACUGUGUAGAAUUAAAACUCUCAUUCACCUUUUUCUGGUUUUGUAAACAUCAUAUUUGCUCUGUAAAACCUAAUAAAAAAUAUUUAAUUGUGUAA